AUCUAAAUCUAAAGCUAUAAUAUAUAAACACACUGAAGUGACACUAGAUGCAGAAGAGUUUUGUGGGUUUGUACUGAAGGUUUAAUGUACACAGGUUGUUUUAGGGCUUGAUACCGUGACUAUUUCCUGUAAGUGAACUCUGUGCUGAUACAGGGUUUGAUUUAACACACCGAUGUUGGAGUGAAGUAAACGUGUGUCCUGCUGUAAUCUGGAGAAGGAGACAUGACCUCCAACAUGAGUGUGUCUGGAAAACAGGACUUAAAGAAAGACGAGAGGUGAGUUACUUUUCCAUUCACCUGCAAUAAAUACACACCGUCUCAUGGGAACAGAUCUGUAUCUCUAAACACUCACUCAUUUUUAGUGUACCAGUUUUGAACAUCAAGAAGUUUAUUACUGAAACAAAGUGGCUCUUGUGCAGGUGAAUGAUGUGAACUUUGAGAACAUGAGUAAUGAUGAUGCUGUAAGAAUUCUGCGGGAAAUCGUCUCCAAGCCUGGGUGAGUUGUAACACUGAAUCUCCUUAUCAGUGCACUCUGACUGUACUUACACUGGCACCCUUACUGACUUCUGCUGAAUGCUUUUUCCUCAGACCCAGGAGUCAUUUUCUGCUCAAUUGCUCCACUGGGACGCAAUAAUCGAACGUUAUGUCUUUAUCUUUUAUUGCACAGGUUAAGAUGCGUUGUUAUUGGAUCUCAUAAGUUCAGUUAAGUCCCAAAUCAUGUUAAAAUGCCAAUUUAAAGACCAUUUUCUGGCCACAAUAGUAAAGGUUAUGCAGCUGCCUGAUUCAGAUCGUGAGAUCAGAGACCGGAUGUGGCUUAAGAUCACAAUAGCAAAUGCUGUCCUUGGUGAGUUUGGGAACAAUGUGUGGACGGAAAUAACACCUUUUUUUUUUUUUUUUUUGGACUACAGAUUUGGUGAGAUCAUUGAGUGAGAUCCAAAAGCAUCCGGACACAAAAUUGCAGGCGAAGGAUGUUUUUACUCUCAUGCAGGCGGGGCAGGAUGCAAGUAUGUAAUGUAAGGUAGAUCCUGGGACUUUUUAGUAAUGUCCUGUUGCCCUGUGUUAGUUGAACCACAGACCAACCUCUUAUUUUCUAUUUUUGAAUCUGCAUCUGGAUUUCUACGGCUAAUCUGUGUAGCUGUCUGUUGUUACAGCUGCUAUACAGAUAUUGGAUCACACUAAUGUUUGUGAAUUUGUGGGAUUAAAUUCACAUGAAUGAACUCAGCACAGUGAUAUUUACUGCUACUGAGUUUCUUUUUUCCCUUCUCCUUUCCUUUCGCAUUUAAGGGGGUUUCAUUUGCAUUGCUGGCUUGUAGUCUAAGUGUUGCACAUGAAAUAAGUUAGUCUUGUGUUUAAGCAGCUUAUUUCUUUAUAUUUAGGCAACUAGACCAACAAAGCUCAUUAGAAAAAUAUUGAGAAUGGACACAAAUAGAAAUAAUUGCAGGAGUGGACAGGAUCAGUAAGAUUUCUCUGGGCGUGGUCAUCUUUGAGAAAGCUCUCUAUGCAUUUAACUUUAUCGCCACUAGGGGGAGUGGUUUGACUGUGACUGUCCUAAUUAUACUUACAAAGUUACACAGUCUGCACUGUAAAAAGCGCUCAUGGUUUCAGAUGCAUCAAUAUGAAUAAACGUACAUUUUGGUGUUUGUAUUUGUUAGGUGCUGAUGUGGUAGACUGGCUGUAUUCACGGGUGGAAGGCUUCAAGGACCGGUUAGAUGCCCGAAAAUACGCCAGCAGUUUGUUGAAACAUGGCUACCUGAGACGCACUGUCAAUAAGAUCACCUUCUCUGAACAGUGCUACUAUACAUUUGGAGAUCUGUGCCAAAACAUGGCCUCUCUGAACCUGAAUGACGGAUGUAGUGGUGGUGGUUCAGAGCAAGACACUCUCGCCCCUCUGCUUCCAGCGGGUCCCAACCCGUGGUCUACAGGUGGGCAGCCAUACCCAUAUCCAGGCUACCCGAACCCACCGCCCGGCUUCCCGCCUGGAUACUCGGAGCCCUGCCACAGUUUCCACAGCAGCAGUGCCGGCAUCCAGCAGAGUGAAGGAGUGCAGUGGACAAGGCCUUACAGAGUGAAAAUGGACACCUGGAUCUGUUUCUCUGCUUCCUUCUGGGUGUCUCCCUGGAGUUCAAUCAGACUCUCUUACGAGGCUUAAU